UAAAAGAAAUGUCAUUGCGGUGUUACACAUGUCAAUAUUUUUGCAUAUAAACUUCUUAAAAAAAAAAUUGUAAAUUAAUUUCCAUAUAUGUUCUAUUUUAAAAAAUGAUUAAGUGUUAUUUAGAAAUGGAUGUGUCUAUGUGAUUUCGCAGUAGCUCCCGUUGAAUUUUGUUACAUCCCUUAGGUAUUCAUUUAAAAGGUCGCCUUGGGAUUGAUUUAUUGAAUCCAAAUUUUAUUUCACUAACUAGCUGUUCACAUGAUGUCUAACAGAUAGGGCUUCAUUAGAUGAACAGUGCUGGAAUUAGGUUUGGUGUUGUGUCCGCCAAACCCUCGCCAUGGACGGCGUUGGGGGCCGAAGGCGAACGGCGACGAAAUCGUCUGCCGAAGAUCAGGCUCUCGACCAAAUCGCCAAAGAGGCGGAAGCCAGACUUUGGGCAAAGAGACAGGCAAGGGCGGAAGCUAGGGAAAUACGUAUGCGCGAAUUGGAGCGCCAACAAAAGGAACAAGAAGAAAAUGCAGAUAGACAAUUCGAUAUGUUGGCCGAACCAAUGGUCAGGACUCCCAGGAGUGCAACCGCCGGUAGUCGGUAUCUCUCUAGUCGAAGAAGCUCUGAAGAUUCCUUGGAAGAUGGGGGCAGUCUCAGAGAAUUAAGGCACGAACUCAAGGAGGUUGAAGAAAAAUUCCGUAAGGCUAUGAUUGCUAAUGCUCAACUCGACAAUGACAAAGCGGCACAUACUUAUCAAUUGGAGUUACUAAAAGAUAGGUUAGAAGAAUUAGAAGAAGAACAUUCCCAAUUGAAAAGGGAGCAUCGCGAGAAAUGCAGAGAUCACGAUCAGUUGAAGAGGUUGUGUACCAAACUGAAGGAAGACUUGGCUGUGACUAAAGCUGAACUGGAAGAGAGGGAUCAGUUGAUCACGGAGAAAGGUCUGGUUAUCGUAGCCGAGGAAUUGCCUCCUGAUGAAGACGGAUUGGUGCAGUCUCCCAAGAAAGCCUUAAUUAGCAUAGAAAAUGCCCAAAUGUUGGAGGGCGCAGGUGACGGAAGUCUAGACGUACGAUUAGCCAGAUUCGUCAAGGAGAAGAGCGAAUUGCAAGACCAAAUUAGCCAUUUAAAAUUAGAACUAGAGGAAGAGAAGAGCAAAAGGAGGAAGCACAGCUCGACGGGUCUACUUAAUGGACCGUCUUCGGACUGUGAUUACGACGAUGUGCAGAGAGAAACCAGUAAACAACUCGCGGAUUACAAAUUUAGAGCGCAGAAGGCAGAGCAGGAUGUGGCUACGCUUCAGGCGACGGUAGCACGGCUCGAAAGUCAAGUUAUACGUUACAAAACGGCGGCGGAAAUAUCGGAACAGUCGGAGGAGGCUCUCAAGGCGGAAAAAAGGAAACUGCAGAGAGAGGCAAGGGAUGCGCUAAGUAGAGCGGAGGAAUUGGAGACGUCAAAUACCCACCUUCUUAAGAGAUUAGAUAAAUUAAAAACCGCAAAAUCAGCUUUACUAAAAGAACUUUGACAGUCGACUAAAAAGUAGUUUUAGUUUACGUUAUUACUGUUAAAAUAUUUGGGCAAUUUUAGUGAGUGAAAGUGAAAUAAUUUUCAUGUUUGAUGAAAGAGAGAUUAGUCACCCCUGUAUCAUAAACUAAAAUAGUUUUUAAAUUGUUUUUAAUAGUGCGUACUUUUAUCAUUUUACCCUUCUAAAGAAUUUUAAUUAUUACUCGAUCCGCCUUUUCUGUAAGAAUACAAAAUUCCCUGCAAUUGAAUACGUAAAUUGUACUAUUUAUUUAUUGAUUACAAAUCUUGUUCAUAUAUUUGUAUUUAUUGUUAGAACUUUAGGAGUGUAAGUUCAGUUUACUUUGUGUAAAUAUGUGUAAUUAUAGUAAUAUCUCAGGAUUUAAUAUAUCCGUACCAAUUUUAUA